UGCUGAGGCAGAAAGAAAAAAGUCAGGAGAGGAGUUGAGAUCCGACACAAAGAGAGGAGCGUCCAGAUCUUCACCCGCAAAACUUUUUGUUAAACUUUUUGUUUUGUUGAGCUACUCUCGCUGAGCAUCGCCUCGCGCAGCCGAUGCUACACAACUUUACAGAAAUCUGGAUAAAGUCUUAAAGUUGACAGGAUGGCUUUUUGCUGGUGUGUCGCGCUCCUGCUGCCUCUGCUGAUAUCGGCGCAGAAUCACGGGGACAACGGAAUAGUCCUCCCGGAUCAUGGAUUCUGUCAACCGAUCACCAUUCCCCUGUGCACGGACAUAGCCUACAACCAAACCAUCAUGCCCAACUUAGUGGGCCACUACAACCAGGAGGACGCAGGACUGGAGGUGCACCAGUUUUACCCUCUUGUAAAGGUACAGUGCUCGCCGGAGUUGAAGUUCUUCCUGUGCUCCAUGUACGCGCCCGUGUGCACCGUCCUGGAGAAAGCCAUCCCUCCCUGCAGGUCCAUCUGCGAGAGAGCCAAGCAGGGCUGCGAGGCGCUCAUGAACAAGUUCGGCUUCCAGUGGCCGGACCGGCUGCGCUGCGAGAACUUCCCCGUGCUGGGGGACGGACAGAUCUGUGUGGGCCAGAACGACUCCACCGCCGCCACCGUCCCACCCGUCGUGGUCGUGCCGAGGACCCAGGACAUCUCGGUGGUCUCCACACAGGAAGGGUCCUUCAGGUGCCCUUCCAUCCUCAGAGUGCCCCCCUAUCUGAACUAUAGGUUUUUAGAUGUGGAUAACUGCGCAGCGCCCUGUGAGCCAUCCAGGAGCAGUGGUCACAUGUUUUUCACGGACCAAGAGAUUCAUUUCGCCCGCAUAUGGAUCCUGAUCUGGUCUGUCAUUUGUUGUGCAUCUACUUUAUUCACCGUAACCACCUAUUUAGUUGACAUGCAGCGCUUCAGAUACCCUGAGCGGCCUAUCAUCUUCCUGUCUGGCUGCUACACCAUGGUCUCCAUAGCCUACAUAGCUGGCUACUUCCUGGGGGACAAGGUGGUGUGCAAUGAGAGAUUCAGCCCUGAGAGCUAUAAGACCAUUGUCCAAGGCACCAAAAAGGAAGGCUGCACCAUCCUCUUCAUGAUGCUCUAUUUCUUCAGCAUGGCCAGCUCCAUCUGGUGGGUCAUCCUAUCCCUCACCUGGUUCCUGGCAGCAGGUAUGAAGUGGGGCCACGAGGCUAUCGAGGCUAACUCCCAGUAUUUUCACCUGGCAGCCUGGGCGGUGCCGGCCAUCAAGACCAUCAGCAUCCUGGCCAUCGGGCAGAUCGAAGGCGAUAUGCUCAGCGGCGUCUGCUUCGUCAGUCUCAGCAACCUGGACCCCAUGCGGGGCUUCGUGUUGGCCCCGCUCUUCAUCUACCUCUUCAUCGGGACCUCGUUCCUGCUGGCCGGCUUCGUGUCGCUUUUCAGGAUCCGCACCAUCAUGAAACACGACGGCACCAAGACGGAGAAGCUGGAGCGGCUGAUGGUGCGUAUCGGGGUGUUCAGCGUGCUCUACACCGUCCCCGCCACCAUCGUCAUCGCCUGCUUCUUCUACGAGCAGGCCUUCCGCCCCCACUGGGAGCGCAGCUGGGUCAGCCACAACUGCAGGGGCCUGGCCAUCCAGUGCCCAGUGCAGACCGGGCCCCGCAUGACCCCGGACUUCACCGUCUACAUGAUCAAGUACCUGAUGACGCUGAUUGUAGGGAUCACCUCCGGGUUCUGGAUCUGGUCUGGAAAGACUCUGCAGUCCUGGCACAGGUUCUACACAAGGCUGACAAAUGGCAACCAGGGAGAGACCACUGUGUAGAAUAUCUGUAUGUUCCCUGGGACUCACUUGUGUAUUAUUUACCUGUUUUCUUUUGUGAUAGGUAAGUAGCACAAUGAGUCGCCUCUAGCUCCUCCAGCAUUUGUAUUCUCCUCAGUCUAGUAGCCACACUUGCAUGCCAAACUGAGGGGUUAUGGUUUGACAAAAGGACAAGCUGGAUAAACAAUGCCUGAACCUAAUUGUCUGAACAAAUAACAAGCAUCGCUAUGGAUGCCAUGUGCUGAAGUGCUCACCUCCCCCCUCUGGCCCUUUUUUUCUCCAAGCCUCCAUAAAGUCGAGGGGAGUGAUGAUCCACCAGCCGAGAAUUCAGAGAGGAGGGAAAAUGAGCUGUGGAGGAAUGACUGUUUAUUAUCUCCGCCGAAAACAUUUCACGUGUAAUUAAAACCGAGACUGUAAAUAGUAUUUGUAAAAACAUGAAAUUAUAUAUUUGUAUUUAAAGAAAGUACAUACUUCUUUUUUUGCUGUCCUUAUUUGCCAGUGUACCUGCAUUACUUUUGCACUGUAAGAAUAUAUGCCACAUGCCAAAGAACAUACUUUUUUUUUAUUAUUCACUGGUUAUACAUUUUUCUAAUGGAUUAAAAGAAUGUCAAAAUGUUCA